CAGGCGGCGGUCCCGAGUGCCGCUGCCCGGGGACGCCGCCGUGCCGGCGGGUGUCCCGGGUCCCGCCCGCCACGCCCGGCUUCAGCCGCCAUCCGCCCCUCCCCCGGCGAGCGGGCGCGUCAGGCGGGGGCGCCGCGGUUCCGGGGCGCAUGAAGGCGGAAGCCGCAGGCGGAGGCCGCCGCCGCCGCUCUCGAUUUCAUUCUGCUGCAGCUUUUGGCUGAACAUUUCUGCCUGGGAUGGCGGAGGAUCAGGAGCUGACUCAGCCACACAAAGCUCAACUCGAGUCCUCCCUUCAGCAGCGCACCAGCAACACAUACCGCAGUGCGGAGCACUCUCAGGCUUUGCUCAGUGGCUUGGUAUCUCUCCGAGACAGCAGCAUCCUCUUUGAUGUAGUUCUUGUAGUGGAAGAGAAACCUAUUGAGGCUCAUCGGAUACUGCUAGCUGCAUCUUGUGACUAUUUCAGAGGAAUGUUUGCAGGAGGACUGAGAGAGAUGGAACAAGAAGAAGUUCAUAUUCAUGGAAUCUCCUACAACGCAAUGUGUAAAAUCUUGAAUUUCAUUUAUACUUCUGAGCUGGAACUCAGUGUCAGCAGUGUACAGGAAACCUUAGCUGCAGCCUGUCAGCUUCAGAUUCCAGAAGUCAUUAAGUUCUGUUGUGAUUUUCUAAUGUCCUGGGUAGAUGAAGAGAACAUCCUGGAUGUAUACAAACUAGCUGACCAUUAUGACUUGAGACAUUUGAGCGAUCAGCUGGACUCCUACAUUUUGAAGAACUUUGCAGCUUUCUCAAGGACACAAGCAUACCGCCAGCUACCCCUGCAGAAGGUCUACUCCCUGCUCAGUAGCAACCGUUUGGAGGUUAACUAUGAAUUUGAAGUUUAUGACGGUGCACUUUUUUAUCAUUAUUCUCCAGAGCAACUGGAGACAGAUCAGGUCUCCCUGAUGGAGCCCCUUAAGCUACUUGAGACAGUUCGAUUUCCUCUGAUGGAACCCCAGAUCCUGCAAAGGCUUCAUGACAAAUUAAGUCCAUGUCCUUUAAAAGAUACAGUCGCAGAUGCACUAAUGUACCACAAGAAUGAAUGUCUUCAGCCAAUGCUCCAGAGCUCCCAGACACAGCUGAGAUCAGAGUUCCAGUGUGUAGUGGGAUUUGGAGGGAUGCAUUCUACUCCAUCCAUUGUUCUCAGUGAUCAAGCCAAGUAUCUGAACCCCCUGUUGGGAGAGUGGAGGCACUUUACAGCUGCACUAGCCCCCAGAAUGUCCAACCAGGGGAUUGCUGUUCUCAAUAAUUUUGUAUAUUUAAUUGGCGGAGACAACAAUGUAAGUGGUUUUCGAGCAGAGUCGAGGUGUUGGAGGUAUGACCCACGACACAACAAAUGGUUCCAGAUCCAGUCCCUACAGCAAGAGCAUGCUGACCUCAGUGUUUGUGUUGUGGACAAUUAUAUAUACGCCGUCGCAGGCCGAGAUUACCAUGAAGACCUGAGAGAAGUGGAGAGGUAUGACCCUAAAAGCAACACUUGGGAAUAUGUGACACCUCUGAAGAAGGAGGUAUAUGCACACGCUGGAGCAGCACUGGAUGGGAAGAUGUAUAUUACCUGUGGGAGGAGAGGAGAAGAUUAUCUGAAGGAGCUGCAAUGUUACGAUCCAAAGACUGACCGCUGGGAAGUUUUAGCAGAUGGUCCAGAGAGACGUGCUUGGCAUGGGAUGGCUGCACUGCUGGGAAAGCUCUAUGUAAUUGGAGGAAGCAACAAUGAUUCUGGAUACAGAAGGGAUGUUCACCAGGUUGCCUGCUACAGGCCAAGCACUGAUCAGUGGACAAAUGUAUGUCCGCUUCCUGCAGGACAUGGAGAGCCAGGUAUCGCUGUCUUAGACAACAGGAUCUACGUCCUGGGAGGCAGAUCCCACAACAGAGGAAUCCGCAUGGACUAUGUCCACAUUUAUGAUGCAGAGAGAGACUGUUGGGAGGACGGACCCCAGUUGGAGGAUGAUAUUUCUGGGAUGGCUGCCUGUGUCCUCACCUUGCCCAGGGCUAUUUUAAUGGAAACAGAGAAAUGGUUCUCAGAAUGGCAUGCAGACCGCAUGAAGUAUCACCUUGACCUUCCAUCAGAAGUUAUGAGCGUAUCAGACUGGGAAGAAUUUGACAAUUCAAGUGAAGAUUAAAAAAUUUAGUAUUUAUUUUUUGCCAGUAGUUGAGGAAAUUAAGUCUUGAAAGAAAAAAAAACAAAGAUUUUAUAUGUCUUUCUUAUAUCCAUAAAUAUGUAUUUAAAAGUUUGAAAAAUAAGUGUUCUGCACAAAAUGACAUUUGCUGUUAUUAUCUGCUCAUCUGCAAGUGUUUUGCACAAAAUGCCACUACCAGUCAGUAUCUGCUCACCUGCCAGAAAGCAGAAUUUUUAAAGUAACCACAGAACUGCCAUUUUCCCCCAGAUAAAGUAGAGAGGUUCUUUUCCUUUGAAGGAGACUUCUCUCAACUUCCAGCGUGGACAGAAAAAAAAAGAAAAAAAAAAAAGGCACAGAAA